AUGGAAAAAUUAGAUUAUUAUCAUUCUAAUCCUCAUCCUUUUUCAUUGACAACACCUACUAGAGAACAUAUUGUUCAUUUACUUGAUCAAUUACCAUCUUUAGAAGAAGUUCUUCAAAGACAAAGUCGACCACCAGUAUGUCUUUAUAAUUAUUAUAUUGUAUUACGUGAUAGAUUACAAAUGGAAACAUUAUUGGAUUUUUGGCUUGAUGUACAGCAAGCUGAAAUACUUCAUCGUCGUUAUAUGAAACAACAAACUAAGAAACAAAAUAAUAACAAGAAAUCAUCAUCAUCCAUUCAUAAAACUCCUCAAUCACCUAUGGAAAGUAUAUCAGCAGAAAGUUUUACCAGUCAAUCCGAUCUUCUCACACAUAUGCUUCUUAUUCAAUCACGGAAUCAUUCAAUUUCACCUACCACUACAAAACGAUCUACUAUGGCUACUAGUAUCACUGCUCAUAGUAAACAAUCAUCAGCUUCUUCUAUUACAUCAUCCAUCCUAUCGACACCUUAUCAUCAACCAACUCAAGCAGAUAUGAUUGAUACAAUAGAACGUAUUUACUUUCGAUAUAUUGUACCUCAUGCUGAAAAAGAAUUAAUACAACUACCUGCAGUUUUACGUGAUCGUAUUAUCAAAUCAUUCAAUCAAAUUCCUCCCAACAACACAAAUAUAAUGGAUGAUCCAAAGGUGUUUCAACAUGCCAAGCAAUACGUACAUAUUCUACUUCAAUCAUCCUUCACUUUGUUUAUUCGUUAUAGGGUAUUUAUGAACUUGACCUUACCUCAACAAAUCAUUCGCUUGGCAGCUGGUCUGUUCUCUCUUCUUGUUGGUUUUUCUUUGGAAUUUUCUUUGAUUUUUUUAAACAUUUCUCCUUGGUCAAAACGUUUAUGGGGACUCAUACCUGUCACUUUUGGUAUCUAUUGUCUUGGUUCAAGUAUAUGUGGAUUAGAUCCAAUUUGGGUCUUAUUUUUUAAUAUCAGUGAAACAACUACAUUCAAAUUCAACGCCAUCAAACAAACCAAAGUGCGCUCCAUUUUACGUCGAAGAUCAAUCAAUUUAUUGUCAGUGAUGGUUUUUUUGAUUACAAUUAUUCUCAUGAUAUUCUGUAUGAUACCUGGAAAUAGACUUUGAUAGUAGUAGUAAU